AAGAGGAUAUGUUGGCCCACUUGGCUGUUUUUCAUCAGAGAAUCCGUAUUCCCCGCCUACGCCUUUUUCCGACCUUCAUCAUUCUUCGAAACUAGAAGAUUUUCUCUUUCUGUAUCCCGAAACUUUUCGAAAUUGCGAUGAGAGGACGCGAAAUUAUCGUCUGGAGAUACCCCAGAAGCUAUGUGACAGCCCCUAAAGUUCUGGUGCAAGUGGAUUUUGAAGUGUACGGUGACCUACAAGGUGUGAAUUUUGUUACGCAUGCCAAGGACAUAGCCGAUAGGCUUGGUGUCAAAGGAUUCAUUAAACUGACACCUUAUGGCUCAGCAAUAGGACAAAUACAAGGAGAGAAGGAACACGUAGAUGAAAUGGCUCUAUGGUUGAGGCAUACAGGCUGUCCUAGAAGUCGAAUAUACACAGUGGACUAUCAAAAUUGGAAAGUGACAGAUGGAUUUGAAUACAGAAAUUUUAAUGCUCGAGUAUAAUUUACCUAUUUGUACAAUCAAAAAACGUUGCAUAAAAAGUUUGACCUCAAAA